GAGAAACGAAGUCUUCGUCGAGCAGCGCAGCAACCAGUCCUGAUCGAGAGGACGUUGAGAUAGCUACACUUGGGCGUCUACGACUGACUGCACAUGUCUACUCUGGAGAAGGAGGGAGACGGAGGCGCAGUGCCCUAGGGGGCCGGGGACCUGGAGCUCGCCCACUCAUUUCCCUAUGUUCCCUUGGUUCGGUGUAUCCUUCGGUGGGGGUCUUUCACAUCGCUUGGUAUACAUUACCUUGCCUUUUCUUUUUGACCUCUACAAUCGUACUAUUUUGGGAGGUAGUUCAUGUGAUCGCCCAAGAUUGAGAAUCCACGGAGCUGAGAAGCUCGACAGAAUUGACCAGCGUUUCCUGGAACGCGCUUCCCUCCCACCCGGACGAGGGUCGAGCGCUACAGCAGCCUGCCGCGAAGUGAUGUUCUCGAUGGCAAGUGUGGGUGAGAGAGUUAGAGAGGUUCAGGACAAGGACCAGAGGCUUUUCACCGGGCUGCGCUGGCACCACCAGUCCAGGUCAAGAGGAUCAAUCACCGCGGGUAGUUGGGACAGAAGCCAACGUAGUGGAUUGUGUUCCUAGUAGUAAGUGUGCAAGUUAGAAGCUAAGGCGAAGGAAGGGACAGCGAGUUUUAGACUGAGGCUGCUGCAGCUCGCGUUUCUGCUGCGUACUUCGCUGGAGGAGAUAGACGAUGUCGCAGACGCGAUGGUAUAAAAAUAUGGAACCGUGCUUAUUCGGAUGUCUCUCUCAGUUCUUUCAGCUCUUGGCAUUUUCUUCUCCCCACCCCAAUCGCAUUCCCCACCGGUGAUUGGAAACGCUUUCGGAAAGUCGAAAAGACCCGCGAGGAACCAAUUGUUACAAAACAAAUCUGUUGAUCUCUUCUUGUACGGGGUCGUGCGUCCACCUCGGAGUAGCCUUUCUUCCUCGGAGUGUCCUUGUUUUGUAUGGAUCAGUAUCGCCUCUGCGCUCCACAGGCCAAGGGUCGAGGGGCUAACUCUAGCGUUCGAAUAGAUAGCUAGGAACUUUUUCUGGGCAGUCAAGCCUAGGUAACUGAGAGGUAAACGCUGAAAAGCGGCGCAGAAGAAAAUUCGCACUGUUGACAGGGACAUGUCACGAACAAGGAAGAAUAAAGAGGGGAAGAUAAAUUCACGAAGAUAUUGGGUGAGAAAAUUGAAACUCUACUUCGCACUGGAGAGUCGUCUCCGUUUGCAUCGGGAUGAUCAAUUUAUCUGGAGACUCUGUGAGGCACUCGAGAUGGGAGAUUUUGUGAAUGCUCGGUACAAUGUCUUCAGUAACUAGAGCUGUUACGUGCGGGUCACAUGUACUUUGGCUCUUUUCGCUAGUGCUCAGCUGCUCACAUUCGUCCACUCAAGGUGUGUUCGAGUGAUGAGAUAGAUUCACACGAUAUCACCCAGCAGUAUGCAUUUCAAUGUAUGUUAUCCAGUUUGGCCUUC